GGAGCAGCGUGUCCUCCAUGGAGGCCGGAGAGGAGCCACUGCUGCUGGCAGAACUCAAGCCCGGGCGCCCCCACCAGUUUGAUUGGAAGUCCAGCUGUGAGACCUGGAGUGUCGCCUUCUCCCCCGAUGGCUCCUGGUUUGCCUGGUCUCAAGGACACUGUAUCGUCAAGCUGAUCCCCUGGCCGCUGGAGGAACAGUUCAUCCCCAAAGGGUUUGAAGCCAAGAGCCGAAGCAGCAAAAAUGACCCCAAAGGACGAGGCAGCCCCAAAGAGAAGACCCUGGACUGCGGUCAGAUUGUCUGGGGCUUGGCGUUCAGCCCGUGGCCCUCCCCACCCAGCAGGAGACUCUGGGCACGCCACCAUCCCCAAGUGCCAGAUGUCUCAGGCCUGAUCCUGGCCACAGGGCUCAACGAUGGGCAGAUCAAGAUUUGGGAGGUGCAGACAGGGUUCCUGCUUUUGAGUCUUUCCGGCCAUCAGGAUGUCGUGAGAGAUCUGAGCUUCACACCCAGUGGCAGUUUGAUCCUGGUCUCUGCAUCCCGGGACAAAACUCUUCGCAUCUGGGACCUGAAUAAACAUGGUAAACAGAUCCAGGUGUUAUCAGGCCACCUGCAAUGGGUUUACUGCUGCUCCAUCUCCCCGGACUGCAGCAUGCUGUGCUCUGCAGCUGGAGAGAAGUCUGUCUUUCUCUGGAGCAUGCGAUCCUACACACUAAUCCGGAAGCUGGAGGGCCAUCAGAGCAGUGUCGUCUCUUGCGACUUCUCCCCUGACUCAGCCUUGCUUGUCACGGCUUCCUACGACACCAACGUGAUCAUGUGGGACCCCUACACUGGCGAGAGGCUGCGGUCACUCCACCACACCCAGCUCGACCCCCCCAUGGAUGACAGUGAUGUGCACAUCAGCUCGCUGAGAUCCGUGUGCUUCUCUCCAGAGGGCCUGUACCUGGCCACAGUGGCGGAUGACAGGCUCCUCCGGAUCUGGGCCCUGGAACUGAAAGCUCCCGUCGCGUUUGCACCCAUGACCAAUGGUCUGUGUUGCACCUUCUUCCCACACGGCGGAGUGAUUGCCACAGGGACAAGAGAUGGCCACGUCCAGUUCUGGACGGCUCCGCGGGUCCUCUCCUCCCUGAAGCACUUAUGCCGGAAAGCCCUCCGAAGUUUCCUGACAACUUACCAAGUCCUAGCACUGCCAAUACCCAAGAAGAUGAAAGAGUUCCUCACAUACAGGACUUUCUAAGUAGCAUUCUGGGAGUCUUCGCUUGCUCACGUGGUUCUUCCUGUCCAGGCCUAUGGGCCUGACAGCUGGUCUUGGUUGGAAACAUAAAUCCGGUUUGGGAUUGUGAAUAGAAUGUAGCAAAUGCAGAUCGUUAGGGGUCAGCCCUACUUGGGUCUUUUCUCUCCAGCCUCUGAAAGGCAGUCUUGGGGUGGACUCCACCCACUCUCCCCCAGGAACAGACCUCUCCCCCCUUACACCUAAAUCCACUCUCAUCAGCAUUGUCCUUUUGGUUCCAAGCGCAGUUACUGAUGUCUGAUAACAGUGACUGGCCUUCAAGAGCCCCACUUCAGUGGCAGGCAAGUUUAAGUCCCCUCAGGGGAACAGGGUGGCUUCCCAGUACCUUUCACGCUGUCCCUCAAGUGUCGUGGGAGCUGGUAUGUGUGGUCAGAGUUGCUCUGGCGUUGACCAAUGCUUUCCUUCCUCUGAGCCGGCUCCUCCUUUGGCCACCAGCUCACAGGACUCUGGAGCCGUCUGGUCUAUUCUGUGAUUCCUCACAGGUGGACCAGAGUGUGUUUGGGAGCGAUAGACACUAGGAUCAUUUCUCACAGUGGUGCGCAUGUGCAGGAGGUGACUUGUUGGUUGAAGAUUACAGAGGGAUGGAUCCCUCACCUGCAUGACCUUUCCCGUGGCUGCUGAGCCCUCAGUGGCUUGCCACUAAGUAGCAUCGUAUUUAUUUGUAUUUUCUCAACAAAUGUUAAGGUACAGCUGUGUUUUCUCAAUGAUAACUAAAAAACCAUAGUCCUGAAGUCAA